GCCUAGUCCCUGGAGCCCAUCCAUUUCUUCUCCCCUACCCUUAGCUCCGUCACAGCGAGGCCCGCACCGCCGCCAUCCCGAUGACGGCUGCUCCCACCGGCGAGGCCGCUGGCGCCGGGACGCCGGAAGCGGCCGCGCCGUUCUCCGCCGACUGGAGGGAGCGGAUCGUCAUCCCGGCCGCCGCCGCCGGCGUGGUUGGAGCUGCGUUCGGGUUGCUGUCGCGGCACCGGGUGCGCCUCGGCGCCGCCCGCGCCGCCGCCACCUACGCCGCUAACCUCGCCAUCGUCGCCGGAUGCUACGGAGGAGCACGUGAACUCGCAAGAGAUGCUCGAGGGACAACACCUGAUGACCCCAUGAAUUCUGUUGUUGGUGGGCUAGCAAGUGGAGCUGUUCUUGGUCGAAUACAAGGUGGACACUUUGGAGCAGUGAAAUAUGCAGUCACCUUUGCAGCUGCUGGUGCCGCAUUGGACUAUGCCGCACUGAGGCUGGCCCCUCAAUGGCAUGCCCUGAAAGAACAUUUCUCUGGAAAGAAAGACUGGUUUACUCUCCCAGAAUGGUCUCCUAUCCAAGUGUUGGAUGAAGAAGCGUUGGCGAAGAAAAAAGCUCGAGAGGAGAAGUUGUUUGCCCAGCGAGCACUCGGUGAACUUAACAAGGAGGAACCGUAGCAACCCCAUUUUGGAGAAGUGCAUACUGAUAUAGAGAUGAUGAUUAUUUGUUUUAUCUCCGUGCAAUAUCUGCUGGUCUCUCAACCAUAGUGUUAGAAGAAUUAAGAUUUUGUAAGCAAAUUUUUUCCUGUUCUUUGUGGAAUGUUCAUGGAAGAGGAAACUUUGCUGAUGUGCUCCAGCUUUUGACGGCCAAAAAGGACUCUGGGAGUGUAUGUACUUUGUAGUACUGUUUGCACUUCAUUUGGAAGUGAACUGUUUGGACCGCGACUCAGAA